ACGGGUAACACGUGUUGUGUUGGGUUUUGUAACUCUCUUUACGAUUGAUUACAAAACAAAUUGUCAAUAUUUUCUACUGGUGCAGGCAAGACUGUAUAAAGGUAGGUCACCAAACAGGCAUGGCUCAUACUUGCAUUCACUGGUUCCGCAAGGGGCUCCGACUGCACGACAAUCCAGCACUCGUGGCUGCAUUGCGGGACUGCAAGGAGAUCUACCCUGUGUUUGUUCUGGACCCCUGUGCCCCCAACAACGUCAAAAUUGGCAUCAACCGAUGGAAGUUCCUCAUAGGAGCCCUUAAAGACUUGGAUUGCAGCCUGAGGAAACUCAAUUCUAGGCUGUUUGUGGUGAGAGGUAAGCCAGAGGAGGUCUUUCCUAAGCUGUUCCAGAAGUGGAAGGUGACGCGGUUGACAUAUGAGUAUGACACAGAGCCCUUCAGCCUCCGCCGGGACAAGGUGGUGGUCCGGUUAGCUGAAGAGCACGGAGUAGAAAUCAUCUACAAAGUCUCCCACACACUCUACAACAUAGACAGGAUAAUUGAAGAGAACAACGGGAAGGCUCCCCUGACCUACAAUCGGCUGCAGACCCUUGUCAGUAGUAUCGGUCCCCCCAAAAGGCCUAUCCCCGCUCCAACCAAUGAUGACAUGAAGGAUGUAAAGACUCCGUGCUCAGAGAAACAUGAGGAACACUAUGGCAUCUCCACGUUAGAGAAGUUGUAUCAGGAUCCAGAGUCUUUGACUGAGGAGCUGUUCCCCGGUGGAGAGCAAGAGGCUCUGCUGAGACUGGACCAACACAUGGAGAGAAAGGAAUGGGUGUGUGGCUUUGAGAAACCACAGACGUCCCCAAACUCCCUGAGCCCCAGCACCACGGUCCUCAGCCCUUAUAUGACAUUUGGCUGCCUGUCAGUACGCACCUUCUGGUGGAGUCUAACUGACGUCUACCAAGGGAAGAAGCACUCCAAGCCUCCCGUCUCGCUGCAUGGCCAGCUGCUGUGGAGAGAGUUCUUCUACACAGCCGGCCUGGGCAUCCCCAACUUUGACAAGAUGGAGGGAAACCCGGUGUGUACACAGGUGGACUGGGACAGCAACUCCGAGUAUCUGGCUGCAUGGGCAGAGGCCAGGACUGGUUUCCCCUUCAUCGAUGCCAUCAUGACCCAGCUGAGGCAAGAGGGCUGGAUCCACCACCUGGCCCGGCACGCCGUGGCCUGCUUCCUGACCAGAGGAGACCUGUGGAUCAGCUGGGAGGAGGGCCAGAAGGUAUUUGAGGAACUCUUAUUGGAUGGAGACUGGUCCCUGAAUGCUGGGAACUGGCAGUGGCUCUCUGCUAGUACUUUCUUUCACCAGUUCUUCAGGGUCUACUCGCCCAUCGUCUUUGGGAAGAAAACUGACAAAAACGGAGACUACAUCAAGAAAUACCUGCCCCACUUGAAUAAGUACCCAGCUCAGUACAUCUACGAGCCGUGGAAGGCUCCCCGCAGCGUCCAGGAGGCAGCAGGGUGCAUCGUAGGUAAGGACUACCCGCGGCCCAUAGUGGAGCACGAGGUGAUCAGCAAGAAGAACAUCCAGAGGAUGAAGGCAGCCUACGCAAAGAGAUCCCCACAUUCCAGUGAUGAGUCACCCAGCAAGGGGAGAGGUUUGUUUCCCCUAGGUAAAAAACACAAAGCGCCAUCUGUAUUGGAUAUGCUGAUAAAGAAGAAGAAAUGAUAUUGUUUUGGAGACGUGUUCAUCUACUCCAAUUAGAGCUUGAGUGGAAGCUGCCAUGUUACAUUUUGUCUAUCGGUUUACAUGUCACAUUUACAUUAUGACUUUCAAUGUAUGGGAAUUGGUGGGCUUUUUCCCCAGUAUGUGCUGAAAAUAAAAACUCUUUGGCUAAA